AUGAAUCUUAUAAGUUGGAAUUGCAGGGGGCUGGGCCACCCCCUCGCAAUUCCUACUCUCCGGGAACUCGUGCGAGUUCACAGGCCCGACUUCAUCUUCUUAUGCGAAACCAUUUCCCACAAACAUCGUAUUGAGGAGAUUAAGAUUAGACUAAAUUUUGAAGGGUGUUUUGCUAUUGAUUGUAUUGGCAGGAGUGGUGGAAUCUGCUUACUUUGGAAAUCUUCGGCCCAUUGUAAGCUCAUUGGCUAUUCUCAAAACCACAUCGACAUGAUCAUCACUGAUACUAAAGGUGAUUGGCGUUUCACCGGUUUUUACGGCUUCCCUAAAAGAGGCCGUCGACGCGAGUCCUGGAAUCUCUUGCGGCGUCUGUCCGCCAUCAACUCCUUACCGUGGGCUAUUGCAGGAGAUUUCAAUGACCUCCUUGAUCCCGGGGAUAAAAGGGGUCGUGUGGAUCACCCAAACUGGCUCUUCUCUGGUUUUAGAUCCGCUAUCAUGGAUUGCGGUCUCUCGGAUAUCCCUCUUACGGGUCACCAAUAUACGUGGUCCCGUGGUCUGGGAACUGCCCACUCAGUUGAGGAAAGACUCGAUCGUGGUAUGGCUACGUCCGCCUGGAAACUUCUCUACCCUGACGCAACUCUCAUGCCUCUGUCGGUCCCUAUUUCCGACCAUGUACCCCUCCUCUUGUGGUGCAAAGGUGUGGCUGCUCCUCUGGUCUCCCGGCGUUUCCGCUUUGAAAAUAAAUGGUGCCUUCAACCGGACUUUCCCAAGAUUGUUCGCGACUGCUGGACCAACCUUCAUGGAGUUUCUGUUACAGAGAAGUUAACCGCU